GGCGGGAGUGAAAGGACAAAGGGAGUAAAGCGAAGCCAGGGCCGCGCCGACGGCUGCUCUCGGUGUGUGUCCUCGGACCGGGUGAGGGCGAGGGCCCUCCCCAGCUGAUGUCCUCCGCGGGCUGUGCUUGUAACCCCGGUGGCGUCCCCAGCGGGCCUGAGCCCAGCUGCGGGCCCCGGCUGGCCCUGGGGGGCUCGUGGCCCUCCUGCUUUUUGGGUGGGGAAGAGCUCAGGAGUCUGCCGGGACGUUUCUGUGGCGCAGGUCUGGGCCAGACCGGUGGGUUCCUGUGCCGCCUGUUGCAGUGGUGUGUGGGAGAGGGGCUUGUGGGGUGUGACUUGCAGCUCCACAGGAGUGGGGGUACGCACAGACCACCAGCAGUGAGACUGAGUGGGAAUUGGAGCGGUCCUCACAUCCCGGAGCAAACGCCGCACCACAUGGUGAAGCACUGCUUGUACCAAGAAAGGCACAUAAGGUCUGCCGAGUCCCGCUUGCCAUCGUUAAUGAGGUCUCUGCUUUCAGAGACGCCUGCCAGUACUGCCCUUUGGUACACUGAAGGGGUCUCUGCCACCUGCAUGUGUACGUGGGUGAUGUGUGACGGAGAGCUAUGGCUCAGCCCAGAGAUUUCCCCCUCUCCCACUGUUGCUGGGCGACGUGGCUGCUCUGAAGAGCUCCCAAGCCCUGAGGAGUUCCUGACGAAGGACUGGCAGCUCGAGAGGAUGGUGAGACUGUAUGGGGUCAGCUGACUGAUGUAAACGAAAACUAACCUACAGGGUAAGUAUUAGUUUUCAGCUUGAUAAACAAUGUGCUCUUACUACAUAGCUAUGUAGUUGCUAGUGUUGACAAGAAGACUAGGGUAGAAAUUUAUGCUCCGAGAACCUUGGCAGGGCAGGACUGUCUCUUUCAUCAUCGGGAAGAUCAAACAAAGCUGACAACAAAUCUGCAGCUCAGUUACAGCUUUGUCUUAGGUUAGGUUUGUCUCUGAACUGCACAGUUAAUCUGCUCCUCAUACUUGCCUUCCCCACAGAUUUUGCAACAAAGUUAGAUUUGAGUUGUGACCACUAUUGCAGCAGUAGCUGCCUUACUACUUCUACUAGCUUUGGACUUCAUAAGCAUCCUAACCACUGUGAUGAUUCCCAACGGGAAGUCCCUCUGGACAGCUGAGCCUUGAUACCCUCUCCAGUUCUUUUUUCUGUAAAUUAUCCUCUGUUCAGCAAAAGAAAGUUGUAUCAGCUCUCUAGGAUGCAAUACAGGCUUCCUUGCCUUUAUUCAUACAAAGGCAUUAAACAUUUUGAUGAGAACUUUGCAGCAAAGACAACAUUGAUUUUGAAUACUGUUAUACUACUAUUGUCAUCAAAUAUUACUGUUGGUCAUCCUGUGACCAACAAAUCUUGCCCCAUUACUGAUUUUUGACAGGAAUCUUGUAUUUGUUUCCAUCCUUAUUAGCAUAUUUCUACUUGUGUGAGUGAUCUGUGUUGGUGUCCUGGUUUUGGUUGGGAUAGAGUUAGUCUUCUUUCUAGUAGCUAGUAUAGUGUUGUUAUGUUUUG